AUGGCACCCAGGAGGGACCAAGGGAAUGCGAAAACAGAGUUGGAGGGGAACCUGCGCCGAGUGGACGUCCAGCUGUUGGGACAGCUGUGUCACCUGGGACUGGAGAUGGGGGCCCUGCGGGAGGAGCUGGCCACCAUCCUGGAAGAGGAGGAGGAGGAGGAGGAGGAAGGAGAAGAGGAGGAGGAGAGCUGUGUUGAAGAAGAGGACAAAGGGCCUCAGGGGAAGCAGGAGGAGGGGCAUCCAGGGGCCUCCUAUCCAGCCCUGUGCCUCCCUGACUUUGAGAUGACCAUCUGA